AUGUCGAUCAAGGUUCGGCCCUGGUUGACCAUCGGGGGAGGGAGAGGAGGAGGAGAGGGAGAUGGGGCAAAGGGAGGAGGGAGAGGAGGAGGAGGAGGAGGAGGAGGAACGAGAGACCCAAGGGUUGAGGGAUCAGACAAGAAGCAAGUGGUGUACGGGAAAGCAACAGAUGCAAUAUUGAGCAGAGCAAGAGCUCCGUUGAGGGCGAAGAACGAAGACAAGGCAGAGACGGUCAGCAUGGGGAGAGGGCAUGUUGAGGCCGUUUGUCAUGCUCCGGGAUCGGGAACCGUGUUGAUCGCUGUGGAUAGAGAGCUUGUACAAGUCAAGGUAGAGGAAGACGGGAGAUUUUCCGUGCUCCACCGAGUGAAUGUUGGAGGAUGUGUGCAAGUGGCAGAGGAUCGUGCCAUCGUCCGCGACAUCCUGUGGCUUCCAUGGCUCCGAGGAGGUUCGUAUGCCGUCUUCAUGGUUGACGCGAAGAUGAAGUUGUACACGAAGAGGAUGGAGCUGGUGGAGGAGUGCAGAUUGCACGCCAGGUACCUUCUGUGCGCGGCGGCCCACGUGGGGAGGGAGGAGAUCGUGACGGCAUCGAGCGAGGGCCUGCUGAAGAGGAGGAGGGUGGUGAGCACGCGGGAGUUUGUAGGGAGCGGGCUGGGAGAUCGGCACUCGGAGAUGGUGCAGACGAUCGAGAUGAAGAAGAGCUGGAGCUUUUCAGGAUCGCCGGAAAGGCUGCUCAAGAGCAGUUUCGAAGAGCACUGGGUCACUAGCCUGUGCGUCGACGAGGAUCACGAUCGGCUAUUCGGCUGCUGCUCAAAAGAUGUUCGCCUGACUGACUCGCUGUGCGGGCACACGCGGGGAGUUUACAGCUUCACGUACGACGAGGAGGAGGAUUGUUUGAUCAGUUUGGGAGACGACGGAGUUUUGUGCUUCUGGAAGCUUGAAAGCAUGCGACUCAUGCAUUCGUUCGAAGUCUUCAAGCCUUGUCCCUCCCUCCUGCACAAGAGCACAUUCAACAACAACAACAACAACAACAACCACUUUGCAGUCAUCAUUCCAUCGAUUGCAAGGCAUCAACUGCGAUCAUCGGAGAUGUCAAUCGAGGAACUGGAGGAUCUCAUGACGGAGGAACUUCAGUUUGCACAUGAAAUUUCCAACGACUCGCAGGUUGCAGUUCUUUGCGAUGACAGAACCGUUCAGACAUAUCGGCCAGUUAGUGGAAAUUUGCUGCAUGUGAGCAGUUUGAAAGCAGACAACCAAGAGGAAGGAGACAAGAAGAAAAGACAUGAACCCGUCAUCGUCCGCUGCUCACCGGACGGCUCAAAGCUUGCAAGCUACUCUAGCGCCAUUGGGAUCGUGGAGUGGGAUAUGGAGGAGGGAAACAUGCUGUAUCGCCAUGAGGAGGAGGGUGUAGUCGACUUCUGCUACGCCCUUCUUCUCCUAGGCUCCUCGUCGCAGCGACAGCUCUGCAUCCUCGUGGUCGGACAGCAAAACGUCUACGCGCUACCCAGCGCGGAGAAGUCAAGAGGAGGAGGAGCAGGAGCAGGAGCAGCUAAAAGGGUUCCAUCCUCUUUCCUGACUGAUAUCGUUGAUAUUGACGUAUGGAGCAUCCUAGACAAGCGCCAGGCUGCUCGAACAGAAUGGCUGAGAUCCCACGCCCUGAUGCUGCAGGGAGCAUGGCGGCAGCAUGCGGCGAGGGCGAGAGUUGAACGACUGAGCAAGGAACGGGACAUGAAGAGACUACAAAACCCUGAGAAGAGAGGGAAGCGUCAGCAGCAGCAGCAGCAGCGAUUGCGGUACUCCUGCCUUGCGUGGACGGGAAUGGACGGGGAGGUUCAGCGUGCGAUCUAUCAGGUACCGGAGAGGGAGCAGGCAAAUGUUCUCCUCAAGCUCCUCGCUCGGGGUAACUUCGCGCCGAGGACAGUGAAGAUUCUUGAACUGGAGGAGGGCGGGCAGCUAGAGCAAGUCUUGCAGGAGGAGCAGGAGGAGCAGGAGAAGGAGACCGAGGAUGCUCUCGUGCUUGUGAUGCGGGGAUCCGUCCUCCUGUCCUCUCGCGGCUACUCCCUGCGUAUCAACGCUGGUCGGUUGCUCUUCCUCAGCCCAUCUCCUGCUGGCGAUGAGGCCACUUCUCCUUCCCUCUCCUCCUUCCCUUCCCUCUUCUGCACGGCGGGUACGAGGCUGCUGUGCAUGAGGAAAGAAGGGCUGCGAGCUCUGCGGAGGACGAGUGGGGUAUUCAACCCUACACUCUUCUCCGUGACCAACCUCCUCACUCGCUCCACCUCGCACGUAUCCUCCACCAGCUCCUUGUGGAGUCAGGAGGAGGAGGAGGAAACUGCGACUGCGCUGGACCUGCAAGACAUCUCCUCCUCUGAUGUCUCUAUGAGCAGGGCAAUGGCCAAGUACGGUGUCCCCUUGUGCGUGCAAGAAGCGAUCGAGGGGGUUGCGGACGGGGGCAGGGGCACAGGAGCAGGAGCAGGAGCAGGAGCAGGAGCAGGAGCAGGAGCAGGAGCAAGAGGGAGAAAGGGGCAGGAGGACUUGCGCUUCCAUGAUGCGCUGGAGUUCAUGAGGAGCUUGAACGACCCAUCCUCUCGCGCAGCUGCUGUGCGAGCAAGCUUCAGAAGAUCACUCCUCUCGCGCCCAACCUCCUCCCACUCCUCCCCCUCCUCCCCCUCCUUCGAGUUCCUCGCGCAGUCCGGGGGCCGGCUGCGCAAAGAAGCCGAGCUCUUGUCGGGCCAGCUGGAACACGUUCGUUCGAAGCAGAAGAAUUCUUUCUUCCGCCUGCCCAGCGCCCGCCCUCGACUCCUUGCACAAGGACUAGGCAGUGGCUACUCCCCUUCGCCCUCUCCAACCAAGGUCUCACAGCCAUUGUGGUUCCCUCUACACACUGACAGCCUUGUGCUCAGACAUCCACAUCACUGCGCCUUCCAGUAUCCCCGCAUGAUCCCCACACCCAUCGCCUUGUUGUAG